AAGAAGAGUCUUUAAAAGCCCAUUGACAGGAACAGCGGGCAGACAUCCGAGUUUAAGAGAUGAGCGGAGACAUGUGGCUUCCCGUCGCACUGCUGAUCCUGCCUGUCCUCAGCCCUGCUUCGGCUUGGAUACCCUCGGAGGACUGGGGGUCUGGGAAUGUGACGGCGUCUGAAGGUGAGUCCGGCCAGUGUCUUUGCCAUGUGAAUCUGCCUGACACCACCUUCCCUGCUAACCGGAUGGAGCACAUGCAGCAAGUCACCAAGGAUUUUAUUCUGGAAGUGGAAAUCCAGAUCAACAAGAUGAUCAGCUACAAGGGUAAGCUGCAGAUCUUUUUGGGAGAAUUGAAGGAAAUGAACCUUCGUGUGGAAAUGCUGGAAAGUAGCCCAGACAAGUACAUCAAACUGGACUUUGAGCUUCUCAGGAUUGAGCUGAGGGAGUUUAAAGCUCUGGUGUCCCAGCUGAAAACGUCCCUCAACUCCUCCUCCCCCAUGUUCGACACUCUCUAUUCUGAGAUCCACAACAUGAGCCUCAUUGUCGACCAAUUGGAGACUUAUGACAAGAGCAAUCUGGAUGUGAUCCGCAUUGAGUUUGCCAAACUGCAGAAGAAACUGGAGGAGUACCAGACGGAGCAAGAUGCCAUCACGCCAGAUAUUGGCAACUGCAAUCACAAAGGUAUCGCCAGCAUCAGCAAGCCAAUAGUCAGUCAGCUGAAUGCUCACUUGAGUGCAGAUUACAGAUAUGGGGGCUGGGGAAAAGACUCCAAACCUGUUCGUGGGUAUGAAUCAAUGUACUGGUACGGUGCAUAUAGCAGUCCCUCAGUGUAUGAGUUUUAUUUGUACUCCAACUAUGAUAAACUCAUUCUGAGGACCGCAUUCAAACGCCAUAGUCUACCAAGUUCAUGGGAAGGCUACGGCAACAAUUACAUUGUUCACGGUAACACCAUUUAUUACAACAACACGCCAUUCAGUAUGACUAAACUAAAUUUGACCUCUUCUAAAUAUGAUUACCGAGUGAUUCCGCAGGCUAGUCAACGGUUUUCAUACAGUUACUCAGACAAUCAGAACAUGGAUUUUGCAGCCGAUGAGCAUGGAUUGUGGGUAAUGUAUGCUACAGAGGAGGCCAAAGGCAAAAUGGUUAUAUCCAAAAUAGAUGAGGCAUCAUUUGGUGUUGAGGAGCAAUGGAAUACUGGCGUGUAUAAGCAGCUGGUUGGCAACGCUUUCAUGGUGUGCGGGGUGAUGUACGCCACAAGGUCUGUAGAUCUGAAAACAGAGGAAAUCUUCUACUCGUACAAUACCAAGACUGGGGAGGAGAAACACUUCAACAUUCGAUUUGAAAAAUUUCAGGAGCGUUAUUUCAACCUGGACUACAAUCCCUCUGAUCAGAAGCUCUACAUGUACAAUGAUGGGUACUACGUAUCGUACAAUGUGCGCUUCAGCAAAGAUUAGCUGCCUCCUCUUUGUGAUCUGCUGUAUUGUGAUUGAUACAACUGAUUAUUUUGAAUGUCUUUUUUCACUGACACUGAGAAAUUAUACUAUCCAUAGACUUCCUGUUGUUGAAAUUUAUUUCCUUCUUCAUGAAAUAAAAUCAA